UUACUAGUAUUUAUCUUAUUAUAUAUCAGUGCAAGCGUUUUCGAAGAGAGACUUCAUAAUCAUCAUAGCGGUUGCUGGUUUAGCAAUUGUAAUGGCAACAAUUGCAACGAUUGUGUCCGUCUGUGCAUACUUGGCAAUUAAAAAGGACGCAAGAGUGACCAACGGUCCAGAUCAAACGAUGUUGAUGAGCAAUAUACAGCUCAAUCCUGAGGAGAGGAUUGACGAGCACUCCCAUGAAAUUUCGCGUUUACCAAGUGCGAGUACUGCUGACGCUCAUGCAGUAACUAACAUUCUGGUCGUACCCGGCAGCAAUCAGAGAAAUACGAUAAGCUCAAUCGAUCACUACGAUGAUGUCGCACGGACUCCAUCUACGGAAAUGGGAACUAUCCAUUUUAUUACUACGCCAACCGCAAUGGCUCACUACGAAAAUAUACCUCCAAUGUCAUCGACAAAUAUGGUUAAUAUUUCACGGGACGAUAAUUCUCCAAUAGAAGGCGAUAUUAGGACGGAGGACGGUGUUCCAACAUCAAAAUACAACGCAGUCAUCAGGAAAGCCCAAAAGCCGAAUGUAUUUAUGGCGUUAGCUGAGAUCAGUAGUUUUUGCGAUAGUGUUCCACAUGCAGAACGCCGAGAGAUUGUAUAUCGUCAAAGGACGGAGAUGGAAAGCGGUCGUUACGAAGAUCUAGGUCAAACAGAGGGAAAUGAACAAUCGCAGUACAGCACACUGGGGAAAUGAACAAUCGCAAUACAGCACACUGGGGAAAUGAACAAUCGCAAUACAGCACACUGGGGAAAUGAACAAUCGCAAUACAGCACACUGGGGAAAUGAACAAUCGCAGUACAGCACACUGGGGAAAUGAACAAUCGCAGUACAGCACACUGGGGAAAUGAACAAUCGCAGUACAGCACACUGGGGAAAUGAACAAUCGCAAUACAACACACUGGGGAAAUGAACAAUCGCAAUACAGCACACUGGGGAAAUGAACAAUCGCAAUACAGCACACUGGGGAAAUGAACAAUCGCAGUA